CCCCGGCGCGGGCGGCGCUCAGGCCCCGAGCGAGGCGCCUCUGGCGGCCGCACCAUGGAGUCGGGUCCCGAGGAGUACGAGCUCAACGGCGACCUGCGCCCUGGCUCGCCCGGCUCGCCGGACGCCUCGCCAUCCCGCUGGGGCCGGAGCCGGCCCAUCAACGUGAACCAUUACGCUAACAAGAAGAGCGCAGCUGAGAGCAUGCUGGACAUCGCGCUGCUGAUGGCCAACGCCUCCCAGCUGAAGGCCAUCAUCGAGCAGGGCCCCGCCUCCACCUUCUUCGUCCCCCUGGUGGUCCUCAUCUCCAUCUCCCUCCUGCUGCAGAUUGGUGUGGGCGUGCUGCUCAUCUUCCUUGUUAGGUACGACCUCAACAAUCCUGCCAAGCACGCCAAGCUGGACUUCCUCAACAACCUGGCCACCGGCCUGGUUUUCGUCAUUGUCGUGGUCAAUAUCUUCAUCACUGCCUUCGGCAUCCAGAAGCCUGUGAUGGACGUGGCUCCGCGGCAGUAGGGUUCAGAUGUCCCCGGAUCGCACCCGGCCAUAGCCACCCAGAUCCCGGAGCCACCUGCCCCCUGAGGCCCACCUCCCAGUGGGGGGCACUCCCGGCAACCGCAAGAGCCCAGGCGGGCCCCACUAGACUGUGUCCUGGGAUGAG